CCCGCCUCGGGAAACCAACCAGAGCAGGAGGCCCAGCAAGGCCCGCCGCACGAGCCUCACUCGCAGCGUCAGCGGCUCACCAUCCUGCGACUGCUGCGGAUUCUCGUCUCAGGCCUCCUCCUCGUCCUCCUCCCAACUCGUAUUGUGUGCACUUUGAGAGCCAUGCUUGCCUAGAGGGCAAUCAUCUGGAUGGACCUGACGACGACGAUUGCGCAGACUGCUUCCUGAACGACCUCGGCUGUGCACCCUCCCUCCCCACCUCCGUCUCUCUCCGCCAGGCAUCCGUCCGAAUGUCGCACAACUCUGCCUCGCCAGGCCACUGCCGCUCGCCGCUGUCGGCUCUGCUCGCAGCCUCGAGAAUGCUCACCCUCCUCCUCAUCAGCUUCCUCCUGCUGGGCGGCUACUUCCAGUACAUCCGCACGGUCGAGGCCGCCCUCAACGAGCGCUGGACGCCCGAUGCCGGAGCCCGCCUCUUCAGUGAGCGCCCGCUGCCGCCUUUUAUCGAAGAGUCCGCCAUCACCACCUAUGCGCUGCCGCUCCACACGAGCGGGCGUGACGUCGUCGACGCCACCGGCCGCCGUUUCAAGUUUGCCAGCGUCAAUUGGUACGGCGCCAGCGACGAGAUCUUUGUCCCCGGCGGGCUCGACGUGCAGCACCGCUCCGUCAUUGCCCGGACCAUCCGCCUGCUGGGCUUCAACAGCGUCCGCCUGCCCUACGCCGACGAGAUGGUCAUCGAGAACCCCCACGUCCUGCCGCAUCUCCUCACGGCGAAUCCGGACCUCGUGGGCAUGCGCGCGCUCGACAUCUACGCCGCCUGUGUCGAGGCCCUGACCGACGCGGGCAUUGCCGUCAUCAUCAACAACCACAUCACCACCGCGACGUGGUGCUGCGGCGCCGACCCCUGCGACUCUGGCUGGGCCAACGACCACCUCGGCCCCAUCUGCCGCGUCUCCCAGUCAGAAGAGGACUGGAUCCAGCAUUGGGAGACGGUCAUGCAGCGCUUCGUGGAUAACCCGCUCGUCAUCGGCGCGGACCUCCGCAACGAGGUCCGCGGGGCAUGGGGCACAAUGCCAUGGAGCCGCUGGGCGGCUGCCGCAGAAAACUGCGGCAACCGCCUCCUGCGCAUGAACAGGGACUGGCUGAUCAUUGUCGGCGGGACCGAGUCGAACAACGACCUCAGCGGCGUCAGGCUGCGGCCCGUGGAGCUCGACGUCAAGAACAGGGUCGUCUACUCGGCGCACAUCUACGCGUGGUCCGGCUGGGGCAGCAAGGAGGGCCGCUACUCCAAGCGCAGCUACGCCUCCUUCACGCAGGCGAUGCGGCACAACUGGGCCUACCUCGUCGAAGACGACGUGGCCCCCGUCUGGGUCGGCGAGUUUGGCGCCCCGAGGCACCCGGGCCUGGGAGACAUCAACUACUGGGACAAUCUCCUGCGCUAUCUCAAGAAGCUCGACGCCGACUUUGCCUACUGGGCCAUCAACCCGCGCAAGCCGCACGACAAUGUCCUCGAGACAUACUCCUUGGUCGAGGACGACUGGCUCACGCCGAUCCUCGACUACCGCAUGCGCGACAUGACGGAGCUCAUUGCCGGGUCGAACCGGGACGAGUGGCUAAAGGACUAUAACGAGGAGCUCUAGUACCAUUUCCCUGCUGCUGGGCCCUUGACGUUGGGCCGUUGGGCACAUGGUCGUUGUGGCAAAAGGUGAUUUGAACAGCGGUAGCUACAUAUAUCAAAAUCACCACACCUGCGGGCAUUUAGCAUUCGGGCAUGUGACAUUACCCAGACGUCUGCACGACGUAAAGUUUGGAUAACAAUGCAUAUCGAGCGCGCUCAUCAGCAAAGUUUAGUAGAAUACGCUUUUUUGACUCGUAA